UUGUCAAAAAAAUAAAAAAUAAAAAACUUUGGAUUGGAUCCAAAAAAAUUGGUGAGAUUUGAUUUCAGCAUUGCUUUCAUUUCACACUCACAAAGUCUUCACAGCUCAACUCAACUCAACUGAAGAAAAACAAAAAAAGAAUUAGCAUAGUUGCUGAAGUUGGUUGUAAUUUUGUAAUCUUGAAGCUAUACUUUACUAACCAUGGAAGAAGAAAAUGCUAUAGAUCUUCUUCAAAGAUAUAGAAGGGAUAGACGAGUACUUCUCGAUUUUAUUCUUUCGGGGAGUUUAAUCAAGAAAGUUGUAAUGCCACCUGGCGCUGUUACACUAGAUGAUGUGGAUCUAGAUCAAGUCAGUAUUGAUUAUGUUCUUAAUUGUGCUAAAAAGAGUGAAAUGCUUGAGCUUUCAGAAGCUAUUAGAGAUUAUCAUGAUCAUACUGGGUUGCCCCAAAUGAGUGACACAGGUUCAGUUGGUGAAUUUUAUCUGGUCACUGAUCCCGAGUCUUCAGGUUCACCUCCCAAAAGGGCACCCCCGCCUGUUCCUAUUUCUGCAGUGCCUCCUAUUGCUGUUUCCACUCCACCUCCUGCUUAUCCUACGUCUCCGGUUGCUUCUAAUAUAUCAAGAUCGGAGUCUUUAGACUCAGCACAAGAAAGAGAGCUAACUGUGGAUGACAUUGAAGACUUUGAAGAUGACGACGAUACUUCCAUGGUUGAAGGUCUCAGGGCUAAAAGGACAUUAAAUGAUGCUUCCGAUCUUGCUGUAAAAUUGCCUCCAUUUUCCACAGGUAUCACAGAUGAUGAUCUCCGUGAAACUGCAUAUGAGAUCCUCUUGGCUUGUGCUGGAGCCACAGGGGGUUUGAUUGUCCCAUCAAAAGAAAAAAAGAAAGAUAGAAAAUCCAGCAGCUUGAUUAGGAAGCUUGGGCGUAGCAAAACUGGAAGUAUUGUAUCACAGUCUCAAAAUGCUCCUGGAUUAGUUGGCUUGUUGGAAAGCAUGCGUGUUCAGUUGGAGAUAUCUGAGGCAAUGGAUAUUAGAACAAAACAAGGGUUGCUAAAUGCUCUUGUGGGAAAGGCAGGGAAAAGGAUGGAUACUCUUUUGGUUCCUUUGGAGUUGCUUUGCUGCGUUGCACGUACAGAAUUUUCUGAUAAGAAGGCUUUUAUACGAUGGCAAAAGAGGCAGCUAAAAGUUUUGGAGGAGGGCCUGGUUAAUCACCCUGUGGUUGGAUUUGGUGAAUCUGGACGCAAGACAAACGAAAUGAGGAUUCUUUUGGCAAAGAUUGAGGAAUCUGAGUUUCUCCCAUCUUCAUCUGGUGAACUUCAAAGGACAGAAUGCUUGAGGUCUCUAAGGGAGAUUGCCAUUCCACUCGCGGAGAGACCAGCUCGGGGUGACUUAACUGGUGAAAUAUGCCAUUGGGCAGAUGGUUACCAAUUUAAUGUUAGACUUUAUGAAAAAUUACUAUUGAGUGUAUUUGACAUGCUAGACGAGGGAAAGCUGACAGAGGAAGUAGAAGAAAUUCUUGAACUUUUGAAGUCUACGUGGCGAGUUUUAGGAAUCACAGAGACAAUCCAUCACACCUGCUAUGCAUGGGUUUUAUUUCGUCAGUAUGUUAUCACAAGGGAGCAUAGGAUUUUGCUGCAUGCAUUAGAGCAAUUAAAUAAAAUACCCUUGAUGGAACAACGAGGCCAGCAGGAGAGGUUGCACUUAAAAAGCUUGCGUUCCAAGGUUGAAGGUGAACGAGAUAUGUCUUUCUUACAGGCUUUCUUAACACCAAUUCAGAGAUGGGCUGACAAGCAGCUUGGAGAUUACCAUCUGCAUUUUAGUGAGGGUUCAGCAAUUAUGGAAAAGAUUGUAGCAGUUGCGAUGAUUACCAGGAGGCUUCUACUGGAAGAACCGGACACUUCCACGCAGUCCUUGCCAAUUAGUGAUCGUGAUCAGAUAGAGGUGUAUAUAACAUCGUCAAUUAAGCAUGCAUUUACAAGGACAAAUCAAGUUGUUGAAAGAGUAGAUAUGUCACACGAGCAUCACUUGGCAUUGCUUGCAGAAGAACUCAAGAAGCUCCUAAAAAAAGAUUCAACAACUUUCAUGCCUGUUUUACAACAGAGACAUCCUCAAGCAACUGUGGUAUCUGCAUCAUUAGUUCACAAACUUUAUGGUGUCAAACUGAGACCGUUUCUGGAUAGUGCUGAACAUUUAAGUGAGGAUGUGAUAUCAGUAUUCCCAGCAGCUGAGAGUCUAGAGCAGUUUAUAAUGGCACUUAUUACAUCUGUAUGCCAUGAAGAAAAUGCCGAGAUCUUGUUGAGGAAAUUGAAUCUCUACCAGAUUGAGACAAAAUCUGGAACCUUGGUGUUACGCUGGGUCAAUUCACAGCUUGGAAGAAUUUUAGGUUGGGUGGAGCGAGUUACUCAACAGGAGCAUUGGGACCCAAUAUCUCUUCAACAGCGGCAUGCUGGUUCUAUUGUAGAAGUUUACAGAAUUGUAGAGGAGACUGUUGAUCAAUUUUUCGGUCUUAAAGUUCCAAUGAGAUUUACAGAAUUGAAUAGUAUGUUCCGUGGCAUUGACAAUGCUCUUCAAGUGUACGGAAAUCUUGUUGUUCAUGACUUGGCAAGCAAGGAGGAUUUAAUUCCACCUGUGCCUGUUCUCACGCGGUACAGUAAGGAAGCUGGACUAAUAAAAGCUUUUGUAAAGAAGGAACUAUUUGACACUCGUGUGCUUGAGCGUGAGGAGACAAGGCCCCGUGAAAUUAGCGUCCUAACAACUCCAACACUUUGUGUCCAGUUAAAUACUUUAUAUUAUGCGAUCAGUCAUUUGAAUAAAUUGGAAGAUAGCAUUUGGGAGCGAUGGACACAUAAAAGGUCGCAGGAAAAACUCAUAAGAAAAUCAAUAGAUGAUAAGUCCAAAAAGGAUACCUUUGAUGGAAGUAGAACGGUUAUAAAUGCUGCUAUGGAGCGCAUUUGUGAAUACACCGGAACUAAAAUCAUAUUCUGCGAUCUUAGAGUGCCUUUUAUCGACAACUUAUAUAAACCCAGCGUUUCAGGCUCUAGGGUCGAUGUACUUAUAGAACCACUUGAUAUGGAACUUAGCCAACUUUGCGAUAUUGUUGUGGAGCCUCUCAGGGAUCGGAUAGUGACCAGUCUUCUUCAAGCCUCAUUGGAUGGCUUGCUCCGUGUUAUCUUAGACGGUGGUCCUUCAAGAGUGUUCUUUCCCGGUGAUGCAAAAUUGUUAGAAGAAGAUCUGGAAGCCCUAAAGGAAUUCUUUAUAUCUGGAGGUGAUGGACUUCCUCGGGGAGUUGUUGAAAAUCAGGUUGCACGUGUUCGGGUUGUGAUCAAGUUGCAUGGCUAUGAGACUAGAGAGUUGAUUGAAGACUUGAAAUCUGCUAGUGGCCUAGAAAUGCAAGGUGGAAAAGGCAAACUAGGAGCUGAUUCUAAAACUCUAUUAAGAAUAUUAUGCCAUAGGAGUGACUCCGAAGCCUCUCAAUUUCUAAAGAAACAAUUCAAGAUACCAAAGUCUUCUGCAUAAGGAAAUCUUGACAUCCAAAGCAAAGCACCAAAAUUUUCACUGUGACUAGUUUUCUGUGAAUAUUCAUUGCUGUAUUUUUCUUCCUUUUCUUUUUGUAUUUGAAAAUAGGUCAUUUGGUGUAUAAUUAGGUUCUAGAACUGGUUUUUUGUCUAACUGCAUUGUUGUUGAUCUCCAUUUGUAAAAUUUACUCCAUGUGAAUACUGUAAGAAUUCAAUUAAUGAAGCUCCAAUUCUUUUCUGCAUA